AUGGCAAGGCCAGAUUCACCGAUGGACGAUUCGCCAUUGUCGUCAAUGUCCUCCUCCGAGGACGAGUUUCCCGACGAGGUCACCGAGGUCAUGGACGACGGGCCGCCACCCAAGCGACUCAAGAUCACUGCCCGGUCUAACACGCCUUCAGCCGUCGCGCCGGAGCCCGAGACAGGCCCCGAUCCGCUCGAGGGCAUGUCCGAUGUAUCUUCCGACACCGAUGGCGACGUCCCAAGCUCGCCAAUCAAUGCGCGACAAGACGAAGAUGACUUCCAGGAGCAGAUCACCGUUUGCGCGUGGGAAAGGGUGCAGGACCGGGGACAUGAGAAGAGCAUGCCUCAUGCUAGUGGCUACGCGCUGAAGGCCCAUAUGAGGAGCCACACGAGGGAGAAGCCGUUUUACUGCUACUUACCCGAAUGCGAUCGCGCAUUCACUCGUUCCGACGCUCUCGCGAAGCACAUGCGCACCGUACACGAAACCGAAGCACUCCGGCCUUCCGACCCGGUCCCCAAGAGCAUGCAAGCCGCGACGGGCAAGUCCAAGAACCUGAAAAUCAUCAUCAAAACCCCACAAUCACACGCCGCCGGCCACGACGACGCCAUCGACGAUGGUAGCGCGGGCGACGAGUCUUCAAGCGACAUGUUCACCCCCCUCACCGAAGAUCAGGGAUUUGCUUCCAACGAAAUCAAGAUGCCGCUCGAGCGGCUUAUGAAGCUCUGCUGGCUGCAGGUGAAGUGGGCUGAGGAGGAAGGCGAGAAGCUGCGUGCUGAGUGCAAGCAGUGGGAGGAGUUGUACAAGCAGGAGUGGCUCGAGAAGGAGGUGUUGCUAGAUCAAAUGGUCGACAGCGAGCAGGCAUGGCAGGCUCGGAGGCAGGCGCUGCUUGCAACAGCAGAUGAUGGUGACGCAGUGCCAGCUGACUCGAAUGAGCCGGUUGCGCUUGACGUCUAG